AUGUCCGGCCUCUGGCAAUCCUACCGCAACCUCGCUCCCAAAACGCGAUUACUCGUCGGAGGAGGAAUCAUGGCAUGGGGAGCUCUAGGACUCUUCAUCUCCGACCGAGCAGAGCAGUUUUUGGGGUUAGUGCCUACAGAGCAGGAUAAGGAGAAUUUGCAGCAUGCUAUGCCCAAAAUUCAUUUUGUUGAGAAGGAGAAGUGA